AUGUGGAGGCUAAAGUUAGGAGAAGGAGGAAAGGAUCCGUACUUAUUCAGUACUAACAACUUUGUGGGGAGGCAAACUUGGGAGUUUGAUGCUGAAGAUGGAACUGAGGAGGAAACAGCUCAGGUUGAAGCUGCUCGUCACAGCUUCUUAUCUAUGCAGAGUUUUGGAAGUCAAACAUGGGAUGCUAGCUUUGCCAUUCAAGCUUUGCUUGCCACAAACCUAAUUGAACAAGCUGCUCCCACACUUGCAAGAGGACAUUAUUUCAUCAAGGAAUCUCAGGUUAAAAAUGACCCUUCUAGUGAUUUCAAGAGCAUGUAUCGUCACAUUUCAAAAGGGUCAUGGACCUUUGCUGAUCAAGACCAUGGAUUGCAGAUUUUAGAUGGUACCGCAGAAGGUUUAAAGUGUUGUCUUCUUUUAUCAAAGCUGCCUCUAGAGAUUGUGGGCAAAAAGAUGGAACCUGAGAGAUUGUUUAAUUAUGUCAAUAUACUGUUAUCAUUUCAGAGUAAAAAGGGUAGUGUAGCAGUUUGGGAACCAAUUAGGGCUCAAGAUUGGUUGGAAGUAUUGAAUCCUGUAGAAUUUUUGGAGAAUGUCGUAGUGGAGCGUGAAUAUGUUGAGUGCACUGGGACGACAAUUCAAGCUUUGGUUUUGUUCAGAGAGAUAUAUCCAACACAUAGAGAGAAAGAGAUCAAGAAUUUUAUUGACAAUGCUAUAAGAUACAUUGAAGAUACACAAACUAAAGAUGGUUCCUGGUAUGGAGGUUGGGGAAUUUGCUUCAUUUAUGCAACGAUGUUUGCACUUGGUGGACUUUCUGCAGCUGGAAAGACUUAUGACAAUUGUGCCUCCAUUCGCAAAGCUGUUAGCUUUCUACUUACAACACAAAAACAGGAUGGUGGGUGGGGAGAGAGUUAUCUUUCAUGCCCUAAAAAGAAGUAUGUAGCACUUGAAGGAAGUCGAUCAAAUGUAGUACAAACAUCAUGGGCUAUGAUGGGUCUUAUUCAUGCCGGGCAGGCAAAGAGAGAUCUAACUCCUCUUCAUCGUGGAGCAAAAGUUGUAAUUAAUUCUCAAUUAGAAGAUGGGGAUUGGCCACAACAAGGGAGUCUCUCUGAAUCGACGGGAGCUUUUUUGAGUAAUUGCGUAAUACAUUAUCCAAUGUAUAGAAACGUCUUCCCACUGUGGGCUCUCUCUGAAUAUUACAAGCAAAUUCCAUUGCCGGUCCAAGCAUCAUAA